AUGUCUGAGCCCCUCUCCCCCGUGUCUGGCGGCAGUGAAAAGCACUCUCGAGAUGCGUACUUUCAAGGAGAGAAGGAAGCUGGGCUUGGAUUGCGUGACGUCGACUCGGAUAUCAUCGCAGAAGUGACUGGGGCGCAGUUCGACGACCCCAACCUCGACAAGUCUCAUCUCAUUGACCUCGAUGACGAAUCUCCAUAUCCCGAGGUUCGAUCCGCUGUAGCUAAUACUGACGACCCAACGUUGCCCGUGUCCUCCCUUCGCACGUGGAUAAUUGGGUUGUGCUGGGCAAUAAUCAUACCUGGCCUCAACCAAUUCUACUUCUUCCGCUUCCCCGCAGUGAACAUCACUGGCAUCGUCGCUCAGUUGCUGAGUUUCCCCAUCGGCCGCGCCUGGGCUGCAUACAUGCCCAACGUUAAGAUAUUUGGCGUUUCUGUAAACCCCGGCCCCUUCUCUGUCAAGGAACAUGUCCUUAUUACGAUCAUGGCAUCGGUCGGCUCUGGCUCUGCAUACGCCACCGACAUCAUCGCUGUCCAACGAGUUUACUAUAACCAGAACUAUAAUUUCAUAUACCAAUGGAUGGUAGUGAUGUCCACGCAGUUGAUCGGUUUCUCGAUCGGUGGUGUUGCGAAGCGUUUCUUGGUCUCUCCACCGUCCAUGAUUUGGCCUGCGAACCUCGUUAGCUGUGCACUCUUCAACACACUCCACUCACAGCAAUACAGUGGUAUCGGCACUCGUGGAGGUCUCUCACGCGAGAGGUUUUUCGUGCUCAGUUUCAUCGGCGCAUUUUCGUGGUAUUUCUUGCCAGGAUACUUGUUCCAGGCUUUGUCCUUCUUCUCGUGGGUAACCUGGAUCCGUCCCGAGAACACCACCAUUUCUCAGCUGUUUGGAUAUGUCCACGGCUUGGGGAUGUCGGUGGUCACUUUCGACUGGAGCCAAAUCGCGGUCACCUCUGGCUACGCCAUGCAAGGUGGGCCGAAGCGAAUAUCUUCGGUGGUUUCGUCAUAUUUUUCUGGAUUGUCACACCUGCCGUAUAUCGCAUUUAUGCCCAUCUCAUCGCGUACCUCCUACGACAAUACCGGUGCUGCGUACGAUCUCACGCGCAUCUUGAAUCCCGACUCUACUCUCAAUGCCGAGGCGUACCACAGCUACAGUCCACUCUUCCUCUCCACAACCUUCGCGAUGAGCUACGGACUUUCCUUUGCCUCCAUCACGGCCACCUUGAUGCAUGCUUUGCUUUACUUCCGCAAGCAGAUCUGGGUUCAGUCUCGUCGCUCCCUCCAUGAGCAGCCUGACAUUCAUGCUAGGCUUAUGUCUCGCUAUCGCCAAGUGCCCGACUGGUGGUACCUUGUCGUGUUUGUUUCCAUGUUCGUCUUCGGUAUAAUCAGCAUCGAGGUCUGGCCUACCCAAAUGCCAAUUUGGGCCUUCGUGUUAGGACUUUUGAUCUCCUUCACGUAUGUGAUCCCCGUCGGCAUGAUCCAAGCCAUCACGAACCAGCAAGUCGGGUUGAACGUCAUCACGGAGCUUAUCAUCGGGUAUGCUCUACCAGGCCGUCCCAUUGCUAUGAUGAUGUUCAAGACGUGGGGAUACAUCACGAUGGCCCAGGCGUUGACCUUCACGUCUGACUUCAAGCUCGGACACUACAUGAAAAUCCCUCCCAGGCCAAUGUUUUGGAGCCAGAUCGUUGCGACCGUCAUUGCUGGUACUGUUCAACUCGGAGUACAAGCAUGGAUGUUCACCAAUAUCCCCGAUAUGUGUGCGCCCGACCAGCCAAACGGUUUCAUCUGCCCAAGCACUGAAGUAUUCGGUACUGCGUCUAUCAUCUGGGCUCUUCUCUUUUUCUUCCUCGUCGGAACCGUCGCCCCUGUCAUUCCCUGGAUCAUCACCAAGAAGUGGCCGAACAGCAUGUUCAAAUACAUCAACUUCCCGGUUAUCUUCAACGGUACUGGACUCAUUCCGCCCGCAACCGCUGUAAACUAUGUACCUUGGGCUGUCGUCGGGUUUAUCUUCCAAUAUGUCAUCAGAAGGCGUCAUUUCGAUUGGUGGACGAAGUACAACUAUGUCUUGUCUGCCGCCAUGGACUCAGGAACUGCGGUAUCCAUCCUUGUGAUCUUCUUCUGCCUGCAGUUCCCCAUGAAUGGCCAGAUCGGAAUCAACACCAUCCAGUCCUGGUGGGGCAACACGGUGCCCUUCAGUGGAGCCGACAACGCCGGAACACCCAUCUCUGCUCUUCCCCCGCAGGGAACCUUUGGGUAA